AAUUGUUCAACAUUUCGGAGCCUCAGAAAAUUUUUUCAUGCUUCAACUUUUGUAAUUUCUAACUUGCAGUUGUGUACGGAGAUCUACAAUGAGUGAAACACGGAACUUGAUGACCACAUUUUUCAUACUUAUUUUCUUGCUGCUACUCCUUUAUCUAAUCUACGAAGGAUUUUAUCAACCAGAUAUGUAAAACAGCACUAUUGCACUAGCCAGCUUCGAAUGGCAACAAAUAAGCAUUUAGCACUUGUUAAUAACACUUUCUGCACCAGUAUAUUCUAUCUACGAUGCCAUUUCCACCUUUCAUCUUGAUUUUCGGCAAAUAUAUGUUUUUACGCGAACGAUGUUCAACAUUGUUGAACAUUAAAAGCUAGGAUGGCAGAGAUUGUGAUCAUGUUUUUAAUCAGAAGCGAUGGAUCACUUUGCAUCACCGCAAUUUAUCUUCACCGAUUUUUUUGCAACUCACUCUGCACAUUAGUUAAUAGAGGAAUGUUCCAAAUCUCAAUCAACUUCUUUAAACCAUGUUGUGUCCGCGCGGUGUUGCUGCUAUACAAUAGUUUUGCAACUCGUACUUGGAUUUUAUAUAGAGUGAAAUACUACCGUAACAUUGUGUACACAAAAGCCAUGAAGAAAGAAGACAAGCUUUCAAAGGAUAAGCUGGACCGCAAAGUACGACAUCCUACAGCAUCAUUUUCUACCAAAUCGAUUAUCAUGAAUCUGAUUAUAGCAUUUUUUCUUUACUUGCUGCGGCGUACGAUAGAAGCUGGUGGGAAAAGUGCGAUUACAAAGUAUAGUAAAUUUAUAAAAUAAAUGUGUAUGCCACCAGACGGAACACAAAUAAAUAUUCUUAUAUGAGA